AUGCUGGCCUUUAGAAGAAGCUCGAGAAUGGUGUGUCGUCAGGGCAUUGUGCGUUUUAACUCGUCCAAGAACCCUGAUGGGAAAUCUCCCAAUUCCGACUCAUUCAUUUCGACGGGCGAAAUCGACCCUGUGCUCCUAGAUAAACUGUUUCGGAACAAUAAGCCCCAGAAAUCUGUCUUACCUCAACAUGGUUCAUUUGCGCUUCGACAGCAACUCGCUAACAUUCAGCAAAAGGACAAGUUCAAGGUAUUGGAUGAGAAUUUGUUGAAGCUGCAGUCGACUCCGAUCAAUUUCAAUUACUACCUACGAAAUCUGAAAGAUUUGAAGAAUGCUAAUCAGCUUCCAUAUAAAUUUGGUGCAAACCAACUGGUCUCUAAAGAUUCGGAUGUCAACGAUUUAUUGCGAAAAGUUGUUUGGGAAUUCAACGCACCCAUAAGAUAUGCAUUUGGGUACGGAUCUAAGGUAUUCGAUCAAGGUUCAACAAAGAAUUCCAACUCUCAAGUCGACAUGAUAUAUGCAGUGUCGUAUCCCGAUCACUGGCACUCACUGAAUAUCGCUCAAAAUCCCGAUCACUAUUCCAGUUUGAGGCAUUUAGGCUCAAGCAUAGUAUCUCAAAUUGGUGAAUUGGGAGCAGGAGUGUAUUUCAAUCCGUUUGUUAAGCUCGAUUUCAAAAGAAGCAAGGUAGACACAAAUUUUGAGCUUAAAUACGGAGUCACUUCUAUGAACACACUGAUAAACGAUCUCAUAAAUUGGGAUACUAUGUAUCUCAGUGGAAGAUUGCACAAGCCAGUUGCCGUGGUAAGAAAUACUCCCAAAAUUUGUCUAUUGAAUCAGUAUAAUCUGACAAAUGCUAUCAAAUUGUCACUACUCUUGGCCAACAAAAGUGAAAUUUCAGAGUACGAUUUGUAUCAUCAGAUUGCAGAGCUAAGCUAUUUGGGAGAUCCGAGGUUAAAGGCCAGAGGUGAGGAUGUCCGCAAAGUCGACAAAAUUGUGAGUAACCAGUUUGAACAAUUCAGAGAAAUGUAUCUACCACUUCUCACAAAUUAUUUCCCAAAAAUUGUCCAACAAAUUAGUUCUCCCGACAGUGCUGAACAUCGCUUCAAAGUGAGUUUGGACUCGCAAAGCAUCGCCGAAAUAAUUGUUGAUUUGCCAAAUACGUUCAGAAGACGUCUACUGUCCAAAUAUAGCUCCAGGUACGAGUCAAGCCUUGCUUCUGAUUUAUUCGCGAGAAGGAUUUUAGCUCCAGAUCAACAGCUUGCUGACCUGAAGCCAGUGAAAUCAGCAUCAGAGCUGUCGUUUUUGGAUCUUCAAAGACUUUCCGAAGAGGUAAGCUUAAGUCAGAUACCAGUGGAGGACUGGAAUUACCUCCCAAACACGUACAAAGUGAAGAGCUCGCCAUUUAUAAGAGACAUUGCAAAUGACCAUCUACUCAUUAAGUCUCUCAAAGACACAGUUAAGGAGACCGUUCUGAGGCCGGCCCUGAUUCAAAGCCUUAAGGGGGUUUUAACGGCUGGAGUGCUCAGAUCGUGGAAAUACGCCUCAGAGAAGAGGAGAAAGUUCAAUCAAAGUAUAAAUAAUGAAUCAUAA